AUGGUCGUGUACUAUCCAGAAAAUAAUAUUAAUUAUACUUACUUCACUCAAACUACAAACUAUUCUAUUGAAAAUGCUCUAGAACAUAUUCCUAUUUGCCAUUCGUAUGAUCGAUCUCGUCAACGAUGUUUACUCACAACACUUCAUGCACGGACAGAUUUUGCUCAUGAACAUAAAAUACACUACUGGAUAGCAUAUGGCACACUUAUUGGUUAUCUACAACGUGGUGGUUUAUUACCACAUGAUCAUGAUAUUGAUAUUUUAAUAUUAGCACAAGACACACAAUAUCUAGUUCCAUUCUCAAACAGUAGUUUUUCAUCAGCCUAUGAACUUAAACUUUAUCCACAAUGGUCUACUGUUGGAUAUGCAAAUCGUUCUUAUUUUCGUUCAGAAGGUAUUCAUUUCGUGGCACCUAACGCUCGAUUUAUAGAUCGAGAAUUCCAUUAUCAUGUAGAUAUUUGGCCUACGUACGAUUUUCAUCCUGAUCAACCAACAAAUAUAACAUAUCUUAAGAAAACUCUUACUGACUAUGAUCGAUCAUACAGUUGGGUAUCUUCUUCAAUAGAAUGGACAUUUCUAUUAAAACCAUGUAUAUUUAGUGGAGUAAAAGCUUGGUGUCCAGCAAUACCUAAACGAUUAGUAUCAAUGGUAUAUGGAAUCGAAGCUAAUAAUGAAACAAAUAAAAAGUGUGUCAAUGAAACAUGGAUUAAUGUAUAA